AGCAGCCAAUCCCUGAGGGGAUUGUGUCUUGUCUAUCUUCUAUUGGCUUCCUCAGCCUAAGGCUAUUCAGCCAAUCACAGCGCUGGAUUCCACACGUGAUGCGGAUCUUCCUCCCUGCUUGCGGCUGUAGCCGUCGUGUCGCAGGGUCCGCUGCCGAGAGAUGGUGCUGCGGCGCUUGCUCUUCACGCUGCUCAACAACCCGCGGCUCAUCGAGAAGCUGUCGGAGUCGCGGCCGAUCCGGGUGGCGGCCCAGGUCACUGCCUCGGCCCUGACCCGGGCCCAGCUCGGGGGUCGGGCGGCGGCGCGGCGCCUGCUGCGGGAAGGGGGCCUGGCCCGCCUGCGGGAGACCUUCCUGCGUGAGAUAAAGGAUGGGGUUCGGGCCCGGGCCCGGGCCCAGGACUGGCCCCGACCUCCUGGGAACAGGCGGGACGGGAGCGGACGCGGAAGCCAGUGAGAGGGCGGGGAGAGAGCGAUUCAAGCCCGCGGACCUUCCAGCGAUGGACGGCGGAUUUGCUCUUCCGCAGCCCCACCAAGGAUCUGCGGCCAGGAGAGCUACGAGGAGGCAGCGCCGAGCCAGGACCCGUUCGCCCCACCCGGACCGUAGUUUCUCUCGCCAGCGCAGGAGUAGCCGGCAGCGUUGAGCCCACCCAACUCCGUGCGCUGGGUCACACUCAGUAACCAGGAUCUGCUUCCUUCGCUGCCCGUGAUAUUCGCGCUGUCUGCACAAGCAGUUCUCCUCAGCGUGCUGUAUUUAAAAUAAACACGUCUGCAUA